GUAGGGGUACAGCACAGCACAGCAUCCGGUGCAAAUUCCCGGCACAUAAGCAAGAAACGCGUUGCAAUCCGACCGGGUUUUUUAUUCAUCGGAGAGUCAAUUCCCGUGAAAGCUAGCAAAGCAAGUCAGGAAUUGAGUUAUCGCCAACGCGGACGGACGGGGGUGUUUUCAGCUUCCCACUCGCAGGGCAGAAGAUGCCAAUGCCAAACUGGCGAGCCAUGUGGCCCGGCCAAGGGGGCGAGAAUCCGCCUCGAUUUCUGAGGUUCAGGUCCUCCGAUGGGUUUAUUAUGUUUGUUGUGGCUUUUGCUGUUUUUACGGAUAUUUUCUUGUAUGGACUAAUUGUUCCUGUUGCUCCGACGGCUCUCCAUGAAAGAGUGGGGUUGUCGGUAGACGAAGAACAAAGAUGGACAUCCAUCCUCCUCGCACUAUACGGCGCAGCUCUACUAGCCACCUCGCCGAUCGCGGGCUACAUGGCAGACCGGUUCGAAUCACGCUACUGGCCUCUAAUCGCCGGGCUAGUCGCAUUGGGCGUAUCGACGGCGCUCCUCUGCGUAGGAACAAGCCUAGCACUCUGGAUCAUCGGCCGACUAUUCCAGGGUGCCUCCGCGGCCGUCGUGUGGACGGUGGGCACGGCGCUGAUGGUCGACACGGUGGGCCGGGACGGGCUGGGCCAGGCGAUGGGGUACAUCGGCAUGGGCAUGACACUGGGGAUCAUGGGCGGGCCGCUGCUAGGCGGGAUUAUUUACGGAAGGGGGGGUUACUACGCGGUGUUCGGGUUGGCGUUCGGGCUGGUGGGCUUUGACAUCGUGCUGCGACUGGUGAUGAUCGAGAAGAAGUACGCGGUUCGAUGGCAGCAGCAGCAGCAGCAGCAGCAGGCGCCCCUCAAGAACGAAACCCAAAAUCCACCCCGCUCGCCCUCCUCAACAUCUUCCUCCCCCUCCUCUGCCUCCGGCACUACAGAAACAAAACCGACGGACGCAGCGCCAUCCAGCACCACCACCACCCAACAACCCACACCCCCGUCGUCUCCAAUCCAAACACCACCAAAACAAAAGCACCACCAACAAAACCCCAUAACAACCCUCCUCUCCUCCCCGCGAAUGGCAGUAACCCUAUGGGCCUACUUCAUAAUCUCCGUGGUCCUAAGCAGCUUCGACAGCGUGCUACCACUGUUCGUGGAGGAGACCUUCCACUGGGACCAGCUGGGACAGGGCCUCAUCUUCAUCCCGAUCUCGAUCCCGCACAUUCUAGACCCAGUGGUGGGCUACCUAAACGACAAAUUCCCGACGAUCCGACGGUAUCUGGCGGCCGGGGCGUUGUUCGCAACGAUCCCGCCGAUGGUGGCGAUGCGGUGCGUGACGGACGACACCACGUCGCAGAAAGUGCUGCUGUGUGCGCUGUUAGUGCUCGUGGGGGCGUGCAUCGCGACGCUGAUGCCGCCUGUGUUGGUUGAGGCCUCGUAUAUUGUUCAGGAGAAGGAGGAGCGCACACCGGAGAUCUUCGGGAAGGGUGGUGCCAUGGCGUUGGCGUAUGGGAUUUUGAAUGUGGCGUUUGCGGCGGGGACGAUUGUUGGUCCUUUCUUUGCGGGGUUUAUUCGGGAGAGUGCUGGGUGGGGGACUAUGACUUGGGCGAUGGCGCUGUUGACGGGCGUGUCGGGGAUUCCAGUGCUGUUGUUGCUGGGGGGGUUUCUGUUUAGCAGGAAGAAGGACGAGUCGGGCGGCGGCGGCGGCGGGCAGGAAGUCCCUUCUCCGGUUGAAGUUUGAUGGAAGAGUACACUCCGCUCCGAAGACGAUCAAAAGGUUGCACAUACGCAUACUACUAUAUAUACGACAUAGACCUGGCCUGUAAUAUAAUCCGAAGCAAAACACUAG